AUGCAUAAAGCCAUUAAUUGCUCCUUGAUUACUCUAAUCCCAAAAUCAUAUGAAGCUAGAACUAUCAAGGAUAUGAGGCCAAUUGCCUGCUGUAGUACAACGUACAAGAUCAUUUCAAAAAAUUUGACAGCUAGACUUGGUAAAGUCAUUGGCAACAUUAUUGAAGAAACUCAAUCUGCAUUUGUACUUGGCAGAACCAUCCAUGAUAAUAUAAUGUUGGCUCGGGAAUUGGUUAGAGUCUAUAAUGGGAAACACAUAUCACUAAGAUGUAUGAUCCAACUUGAUAUUCAGAAAGCAUAUGACACUAUGGAAUGGUUGGCUCUGACGAACAUCAUGCAAGAACUUGGAAUCCCUCAAACCUUCAUUAAUCGGACCAUGGCUUGUGUGUCAAUUAUAUCAUACAGAUUCUCCAUUAAUGGUGCUCCAACUGAUCUCAUAAAUCUAGGAAAGGGUUUAGAUAGGGUGACCCCCUCUAUCCCCUAUUAUUUGUAA